UCCCUCGACAAAGGUAACAGGUUGCAGUCGCCGCAUAAUGAACUUGUUGCUGUCUUAAUUUGCGUGGGAGUUGUUUUUUCCACUCACUUUUUCUGUGCGGACUUUGCUGAAUGCCUGUGAAAAUACUUGAAUAAUCAUCGUUUUGAGGAAGGCGAGGUUUUCAACUGGGAGCCGAGGAACAACUUCAGAGACAGAGUGACGGCAAUGGGCUGCAGACUUCAUGCUCGACUGCACAAAUGCGUUGUGACAUGGUGCUUCCUCUGUGGUUCCCAAAGGGUGGAUAAAAAAUCGACUAACUGAGCACAUCUGAUGAGCAGCAUGAGCGCACCAUCUUCAGGUCGGAAGACCCCUGUCGACUACGGUGUCCAGAUCCGCUUCAUCAAUGACCUCGGUGACACUGGUGGGGGGCAGCCUGGGCCCCAGCCCAAGGCCAAGACUCAUUCUACCUCUAAAUACGGUGUGGCGGUCAGGGUGCAGGGUAUUGCUGGUCAGCCAUAUGUGGUCCUGAAGGAUGGACAGAAGGGAGACUCAUAUGGGGUCCAGCUCAGGACUAGUCACGCCUCUGGUUACAGUAGCCUUCCCCGGAGGAGAGAGAAAGCAGAACCAGGGAUACAUGGGGCAGAUGAUCGAGGAGGAGGGCAGGGAGGCGCACUACGCCGGGCGCAGUCGCAAGGCUCACUGCUGGACAGGGAUGGAGAGGGAGGGGCAGGCAAUGAGGAUUUUCAGCUGUCUAGGCCACCAGGGGAUGGGAAGUCUGGUAGUUAUGGAAAUCUGGAUGGAGGAAUUGGGGUACGAGAGAGAGAGCAGGUCAGAAAUAUGUGGGAUGGUUCUUACAAAGCGGGAGUCAAUGGGUCAGCGAGGAGCAGUCAGUCUUAUCCUGAUCCACCUCAACGAACAAAUGAGCAUCACUCUAAUCAAAGACAGACUCCUGUCAACAGACUAAUAAACAGGUUUGAUGAUGGAGGCCAAAAGAGAGGACUCCCUCCUGCACCACAAGACGCCAGAGCUACAUCUCCUCUCCUCACCCCCAACCCUUACACCUCACCUCCGUCCUCAACUCACAGCAGCUUGGGACGCAGCCAGGGUCCUGUCACCAACAUUCCUGGACACACUUCUAAUCAGUGGACCUCACCUGGGAGGUACACCGCUGUGGAGACGCCACAGGCCAGUCUGACUGAGGCACAAUUUUCUGAUCUAUGUCUUAAGGUGACCCCUGACCUUUUGCUGGACCAGGGUCCCAGUGCAGAGAUGAGCAGUGACGAGGAGCAGGUCAUGCAGACUAUAUAUAACAUCCUGAGACAAGGGACCAAUGAGAGUGAUGUUGUCAUCAAGCAUAAAGUCAAGAAUAUCUUCAAAAAAAUUCAGAAUCUAAAGUCCAAAGAAAGACCUCAGGAAGAGUGGAUGAGAGAAAAAAGAGAGCUUGAAAGAAAGAUGGCUGAACUACAAACUAUCCUGCAGGAGGAAAGAAGGGACUCUGUUAGCAAUUCUGAUCCCGCUCUGAAAGCUGAGCUGGAGUCCUGUCUGGAUGAAAAUCUGCAGCUCCAGGAGAUGCUGGACCGGAAGAAGAAAGAAUUAAAUGAAACACAAUCAGAGCUGACUCAGCUGCGUAUGGACAGGGAGAACGCAGAGGCACGGGUCAGAGAUAUGGAGGACCAGCUGGCUGAGUUUCAGGAUGAACUGAGAAGAGAGAACGGCAACAAGACGGACCUGAUGUCAUGUCAGGCUCAGCUGAUGGAAGUCUGCCAGCAGAAACAGAAGCUGGAGGAGACACUCAGGCAGAGAGAGAGGGAGCUAACGGCCCUCAAAGGAGCUCUGAAGGAGGAGGUGGCCAGCCAUGACAAGGAGAUUGAGGUGCUCCGGGAACAGUACAGUGUAGACAUGGAGAAGCUCCGCAGCAGCAUGGAGCAGGUGUCUCAGUCUCAUGCAGGGAUCGAGGCAGAGCGGUUGCGUGUAAAUGCAUCAGUUCGCUCCCUGCAGCAGCAGCUGGAAGACUGUAGAGAUGAGAGCACCCACUGGAUGGAGCAGUUUCAUACCAGCAGAGAUGAGCUUCGAACAACUAAACAAGAACUUCUGCAAGCCCGUCUGGAAAAAGAGGAAUUUGAGGAUGCGCUAAAGGAGCUCCAGGAGAAAGUGAGCACCAUGAAACAACAGAUACCCAACCCGAGCCAUGCUCAGACUCUCAACCAGGAAGUUCAGCGAUACAGUGCUGAUCUCCAGAAGGCCAGGUCCGACCUGGAGAAGCAGAGGACGGAGUACGACAAGAAGGUCAUGGAGGUCAUCUCCAUAAAGAAAUCUCACCAGGCCCAGGAGGCAGAGCUGAAGUAUGAGAUCGACAGGCUGAAAGAGCAGUUGCAGAGGGCCAAAGAGGAUGUUGCCAGGGCACAGGAGAAAAACAAACGGCUUCCAAACCCAGCCAUUGUCUCGGAGCUUGAGCAGAAGCUUGAUGAGAUGCGUAUUGAAGCUAGCCAGCUCAAAGAGAAACUCUCAUUAGCAGAGGAGGAACUGGAUGCCAGUAAAACGCAUCUCAGUAGAGCUCAGAUUGACGUUAAAUCGCUAAAAGAUGCCCAGCAGGAGCAGGAGGAGGCCAACACACGUCUUAAAGAGAAACUCUCACGGUUAGAGGCUCAGCUGCAGACCAACGCCACAGAGAGCUCCGAGGCAGAGCUCGCCCUCCACACUGAGGUGAGAGGGCUGAGAUCUGAACUAGAUGAGGCCAAGCGAAAAGCUUCCAGACUGAGCCAGGAGCAUCGUGAUUGUGGCCAGCGUCUGGAGGAUACAGAGAAAGAGAAGGAGACGCUCAAACAGGCCAUCAACCAGCUGGAAGAGACUAAACGACAGCAGGAGAGAGCUCUGGAGAAACUCAACAAGGAGAUUGACUCUCUGACCGUGUCCUCAAGAGAGGAAGCACAGGCUCUCAGGGUUCAGCUGGAGGAGAUGAGAGAGAGGGCACGCAAGGAAAUGCAGGAGGUGCAACGUCACGGAAACGACGCUCAGAGUGAACUGGAUAGAAGUCACAUAAAUCUGAAGAGACUGGAGGAUGAAAUGUCACGACAGAAGAAGGAGCUUCUGCUUGCAAUUGAGGAGAGAGACAACCACCAGCUGGAUAAGGAGCUCCUCACUAACAGACUGCGCCAUCUUGAGGGAGAGAUAGAGGCCAGCAAAAACAGCCAUAAUGAGAAAACCCGGGAGAUUCGUAUCCUGGAGGACAAGCUGAAGCGUUUGGAGUUGGAGCUGGAGGAGGAGAGAAGCAGUGCGGAGAUGAUGACAGACCGAGUGGCCAGGAGCAGAGACCAGAUCGAUCAGCUCCGCUCUGAGCUCAUGCAGGAGAGAUCCUCCAAACAGGACCUGGAGCUGGACAAGAACGCCAUGGAGAGACAUCUGAAGGAACUGAGGGGUCGGGUGGCUGACAUGGAGGGCCAGAGUCGCUCCUCUGCUGGAGUCUCGCAACUGGAGAACAAGAUCCAAGAUUUGGAAGAACGCCUUCGGAGUGAGGAAAGAGAAAAGAACUCCGUGUUGGCAUCUCAAAGACGUCUGGAGAGAAAACUAAAAGAACUCAGCAUGACGCUGGAUGAGGAGAGACUUGCGCACACUGAGCAGAGAGACCAGCUUUCUCUGAGAGUGAAAGCUCUGAAGAGGCAGGUGGAUGAAGGGGAGACAGAGCUGGAAAGGAUAGAUGGAAUGAGGAGAAAGGCUCAAAGAGACAUGGAGGAACAGAUGGAGCUCAAAGACGCCUUGCAGACCAGAGUCACGGCGCUGGAAACUGAGCUCAAGAGAAAAGCCCAGGCAUCAAUGCGCCCAGUUCUGGAUUCCUCAGCCCUCAGCUCAGAUGACGACGACAGCCUGUAUGACCCCUCCACCAUCACCUCCAUCCUAACUGAGAGCAACCUCCAGACAAGCUCCUGUUAAAACAGCAUUUCAGGGACAGGGUGCGGGUGUUGGCUAGCUGCUUUGUAGGGUAAGCCAAAAGGCAGAGUGUUUUACACUACAGACAAUGAGGACCUGGGAGGUUAAUGACUUAUUGUAGAGGUUAGUAGGAGAACAAUUUUCCACACCAGAGUGAAAGGAAGGAAACAAAACAUCCUGUGCAUUUCAUGGAAUUUCCUUCAGGCUACAAUGUACACCGAUGGUACAGUUUGAAGGACUCUAUUACAGCCGUGUAGUACACUGCACAAAAACUCACUACCACUCAAAGUCGGUCACUGGAUCAUAAGGAGGGAAAUAAAGCUAGAAGCACAGAAAAGCAUGAAUAGAAAAUUCCUCUUGGAUUUUUAUAAUUGAGUAUGUCAAACCAUUUCAGGGUUGUGAUUCUGGGUCAAGCACUUAAGGUACCAAGUCUCACUUUGACUGUAUAAUCAGAAAUACAUCCUUAAUUUCUUAGUGUAGGCAGAUUACUGUCUGAACACCCCAGCAGGAACAAAUAUUAGCACUACUGAGAACCGUGGACCAAACACUGACGCUGAGUGCAUUCAGCAUUGCCACAAGUGAAAGAGAAAGUACUGCAUGAGCAGUAUAACGCUAAAUCUUAUGGUUGAAGUAAGCAAAAAAUUAUUUUUGAGUGAAAUCUGGAGUUUGUUUACAUAAAACAAAACAUGUUUUCUUGUGUUUUAAGUUUUGAAUAUGUCAUUUUUGUGCAUAUAGAAUCAUUUGGGUCAGGAGGUUCACACCGUCCAGUCUUUAAUGUCACACGGUACACAGUUUAGGAAUUAUGAAUAUAGCAAAAUAUGACACUAGUAGCAUUUAAGAUGAAUUUUCUUGGACAGAGACACAGACAAAAUAAUAUAAAUGUGAUGGAAACCUCAUCAUGGUGUAAAGGUUUCUGAUUUUGUCUUUAUUCACUGUAUCUGGAGCAGUUUUCUGGUAGAGGUACAACAGACUUUAGGCCUCAUGUUUUUCUUACUUUGAGGAUGCUGACUGUCCUUUGUCAGGAAAUCUCAUAUUGUAUUAAAGUGUUUUUUCACUUUUAAAACAAACUAACUGCCAAAAUGUCUUCCUGUCCAAUAAAAACUUUGAUAAAAUUUGUAGAAGCUGCACAACUUCUAUGCAUUCCCCUCACGAGCGAGUCACUCAUAGAGAUAUUCUCAUCAUUUUAUUACGAUGCCUUAAAAUUGUUAAAAAUAAUUUUGUAAUUGACGUGUAAUUGUUAUCUGGAUGAUUUUUGUAAAGUGUCUGUAUUUAACAUUUGUAGAUGCUUUGAUUGAUUUUUGUACACACUUUGAACAAUCACUUCGCACUAUAAUUCUAUUACACUCAGCUGCAGUGUAAUGUCUCCAUAUUUUUUCAGUGAAACUGGAGAAAUGGUACUUAAUGAUUUGUUAGUUGUUUAAACAGUCUGUUAUAUUUGUACUGUAAUUAUUGACUGGAGAAAUUUUCACACUGCGACUGUUCUUCACAAAAUAGAAAGCAACAAUUAAACUAUUAAGUUAAACUGA